CAGGAAACGAGAAACCUGCGUUUUGGCCAACAGAGAGGCGGAGCCUCCACGUCGAGGAAGGCGGAGAGAAGAAGAGCAGGAGGGAGGGUGAAGACGCCCCGGACAGAAGGGAAGAAGCAGACGCGAGGAAACGCGCUGUUGUUCGACUGUCUCAGGAGAGAGUGUGUCUCCUGCUUUUUCGUGUCUCUUCGCUAGGCGGACGAAGAAAGUAAUGAAGAAUCCGAACAGAGAAGAGACAGAGAGAGAGAACGAUCGGGGAGACUGUGCGCUGACUUUUGGGUGGAAGUGUCUUGUCAGAUAGCGAAACAGCAGUCCCUCGGGCGACCGUUCUUCGUCUCCUUCGCGUUCUCGCGUUUCUUCUUGUUCUUUGUUUCGCUGUCUGCUUGUUUAUUCUCCUCACUUCUUCUCCACGUUUCUUCUCUCUCGCUCUCUUGCCUGCGAUUUCUCUCUCUCCCUCCCUUCACCGUUGGUGGAGAGGAGGACCUCGACGCGUCGGAUCUCUGUUCUCUCUCCGCAGCGAGACAUGACCUUUUGUCGCCGAAGCCUCCAAGGUUUUUAUAGAGGCACACAAGCGGGAGCGGAAAUGCAUUUGGAUCGGUUGUCCAGAGUAGUCGUUCAGCUGGAUUCGGCGCGUUCUCUGCUGUCGAAACCAUGAGUCACGAGCAGAGGAGGGGAGGGACUCCGCCUCCUUCUUCCGGUUCUGCGAUUUCCUCGCUCUUCCGCGGCCACCAAUUCUUCCUGCUGGGUUUCGACGGACCUUGCAUCUACGAAGACGCUGCUCUGUCGCUUGCUGCUCAGGCGUCGGACGGCGUCUCUGUCCUCUCUUCUUCCUCUUCUGCCUCGCUUCCUGCCUCCUUCGACAGGCCUUCCGGACUCCGCGCGAGAGACCGGGGACACCGCGAGGAUCUCCUCCUUCGCCAGGCUGCUGCAGAGGGCGCUGCUGCAGGGCUCCUCGACACUCUCGCUUCUGCGCGAGACAGACGGGGAACGGGAGGAGACUGUGGCGGCAGUGGAUCUGAAGAACGCGAAGCACUGGAGAGAAGAAAACUCGAGCUGGAGAGACUCGCCAGCGCGGCAAGCGAUCUGCGAGAAGCAAUGGAGCGUGUCAUUGAACAACACUCAGGCCGAGUCGUCUCUCGCAGGUCGCCUGGGCAGUCGUCUUCGGACGGAGAGAAACGGCGACAGCGUCGAGGCGAGAAUGAAGGACGAGAAGAGGAAAUGCAAGAGGAGGAAGAACGUUUCACUGACGGAGCGGAUGCUGCAGCGCAGAAUGACGAGACAGCUCUCGCUGCCUCAGAGCGUUCUUUGGAAGCUCUCGUUUCCGCGGACUUCGUGAUUUGCAACUACGGCGCUGCGUUCGUUGCUCUGCGUCGCCUCGUCGAGCGCUUGGACAUGAACGCGACAGCCAGCGAGCUCGGGGACGCGAGAAAUGCUGGGCAGGCAUUCGCGCGGAAGGAAGGAGACCCAGAACUCGAAGAAGUUGCACUAUGUCCGGCGUCGCUGCGACGCCUCACGCAGCGCGGAUGGAACGGACUGGGAGAGUUUGGAGAGGCCGCUGCGGGAGCUCUGUCGGGGGUCUCUUCGUUUCGCCCUCUGAAAAAGUCCGUUUUCCUCGAUCGACGCCGCCUGCUCUCCCCUUUCUGGCUGUUCUGCUGCGUUGCCGACUCCACCCUGUACCACCCUCUUUAUUCUCCUUUCUUCUCGGUCUCCGCAUCCUUCCAUCCAGCACUGCCCCCUCUCCUCCCCUCUCCAUUCUCCCUGGAGACCUCUGGAUCCUCGAGUGCACCUCCGUUUUCCGUUUCCUUUCCUUCUUCCUCCUCGUCCUCCUCUGCAUGUUGCGAGAGCAUGGGAGGCGAGAACAAGGAAACCGACGGCAAGGCGAGAGAUGUUGUGCGAAUUUUUUUGUUGGGGUCGACUGGCGGAAAGCGGCGCGUGCGCCUCGGGCCUGCGGUGGCGUUGAGAAAGAAGCAAAGGAGAGAAGAGGAAAGAGAGCGAGAAGAAGAACGGGGAGAAACGUCAUCGAGCGACGAGGGCGGCGACGGCUGGUUCGAGCGCUUCGGACUUCUUGACCGGAGAGACUUGGAGGCAGAAGAAAACGUAGAGAGGAAGCGGCGAGCAGAGAGGGCAGAGAAGCAAAGAAAUCGACAGAGACACGAGAACGGGAGACGCGUUCGGACGCAGACGGACUUUGUCUUGCUCUCUCAGGUCUUAGCCUGCUGUGGAGCGCAGGUGGUCACCCGGAGAGAAAUUGAGGCUCUAGGGGCGAGGAGACAAGAGAACAGAGUUCGAGAGGAUCCUCGAGUCGGCCUGCCUGUCAGCCACGUCGUCGUCUGUUCGCCUCGGGCGCUGGAGCGCUGCCUCCGACCGCGGCUGUCCCGAAGCGAAGUGUCUCCUUGUCGCCUGGGAGCCCAACUAGCCACGCAGAGACACCUUGCAAAUCGAAUUCCCCUGCGAGCUGAGCGCUCUCGGCGCGCUUCCGGGGAAGACCGCUGGCGUGCGUCGGCUGGCGAGGACCAGCCCGCCGAAGAGGCGACAGAGAAACAGAGAAGAAGAGAAGAAAGGUUUUUCAAUUUCCUCGCGGGUCUCGAAGCGCUGCGAGAAAACGCUGUACCCUUUCUCUCGCUUCAGUGGAUCGUCCACAUGUAUCAGUCUGGCAUUCCUCCGCCGCAGGGUCCUUACCUUCUUCAGCUUCCACCCCUCCCUCUGAUGACUCUGAGGUCUUCCUCAGACUCACCAAAGACGCCCAGUCCUCACACUCUCUCUUCGUCUCUCGCUUCUUCUCUCUCUUCUUCGCUGUCGUCUCUGCAUGCUGAGCGGGGGGCGGAGGCCGGGCGGGAGAUUCUCAGCGACUUUGUUGUUUUCCUCUCCGUCUGUGUGGCUGUCAAGACGCCGGCGCUGAUUCAGAGGUGCAGAGAGCAGGGCUGUGUGUCUGUCGUUGUUGUGCCGCCUCUGCUGCCUCUGUGUGCGUCUCUCCUUUUCGACCUUCUCGGCGAUUUGAGCGGUCUCUUUUCUCCUUCCACUAACGAGGCGAAGACCGUCUCGCUUUCGCAAAGCAGCGCAGGAAGUCUCCUUUCUCAGUCCUUCUCCUCCUCCCGCCGUGUCUCCUCUCCAGCCGAGGAAGCCCAAGGGAGCGACGCAGGGAACGCUCGCGCGCAACGCCGGAAAGGCAGGCGGGCAGACGCCGCACCGAAGCGAGGAGGGCGGCGAGAGGAGAAGAAGGAGGGAACCGAGACGGAGGCGAAGGGACGAGCAGACAGCGAUCCGAGAAUCGAACUCGACCACCGCUGUCAACAAAUGCUUCAAGGGACAGAACGCGCCUUUGACUCAGACGAACUCCACACUGUCUUGCGGAUCAUGGCGGCCCCGAGCGACAACGCGCAGCCUCUGCUGGUUGUGGGCGAGGAGGAAUUCGAAGCCGGUCUCGUCGGCUACGUAGCACACACACUGGAGUGCUUCUACACUCACCGCUUGUCCUUGAAGAAGUCCUCGAACUCCGCAAACGGACGGGAUGGCCGUCGCCCUCUCGCCGCCUCAGAGUCGCUCGUUGUGCGCGUAAAGCGAGAACCUGGAGAAAAUGCUUCUUCUCUUUCUUCUUCUCGCUUCAGUCCCUGGGGAGUGAUGAAGCCUGCGCUGAUGGUCGACUUGGCAGUGCCUCCAGAGUCCCGUCGCCGCAUCGGGGCUUCUGCCUCGCGAGUGUACAGACAUCAGGCGCGAGGAAGGGAAGAGAGAGAAGCGAGAGAAAAGAGAGAAGCGAGAGGAGAAGAAGAGAGUUCGAGUCUGCUGAUGACAACGCCAGACGGACUUGAGAGCUGCUGGAGGCGCCACAGACGGGUGCCGGGAGAAACGUUUUCUCUUCAGAGUUUCUUCCCGCACCACUUGCUCGACGGUUUCGCCGAAGAUCUACUCCCUGAGGACUUGCAAGCCAAUUCUCUUCAACUCACAGAGGGGGAAGAAGAACGCGAACAGCGGCGCCUCCUGGCAGCUCUCGAAGCGGAUGUCGUCAUCAUGGGCAGAGGCGACUCGCAAGACCUGCGAACGCAGAGAAGAAAACUUUUCCAGGAAAACCAAGAAAGAAGAAUGCAAGAGGCCCUGCGGUGUCACGAGUUGUACUUGGAGGCUGGGAGAAAGUGGAGAGAGUUGCUCCAGGAGUCGGAGAGGAAAGCCGGGUGAAGCGGGGGACGCCCACAGAGGCUUCAACGAGAAAUAGAGGCUUACUUUCCAUCUCGAGAGAAAAGACGCUGGCGCAAAACAGAGGGAACAGAGUGUCUGCUACAGCUUCAGAAAAAAUGUUUCGUCUCUCUUCUCAUCGCCUUCUCUCGCUCUUUGCCUUUUUGGCGAGUGUAUCUUCGGAGCCCCGAGAGUGUUUUAGAGUUUUUAAACAUUUGCAGGAGAGCCGAACUCAGCUCUGUACUGGGGUUUCGGUGCUGGUUAAACUCUUUUUGACAAAGUCUGCGGUUCUGGACCGAGUAGCUCCGAGGGGGAGGGGGGCCUGAGUGACUGAGGGCUCAGGUCGCCUCUG